AUGCCGCUCCCUCAGCCCAAGACAGCGUUGAACAACGCGUGUUCGGUCAUUUUUAAUAACACGCUUUACACAUAUUCGGCCGAUGCGUUCCAGUCGUUGCGAUUAGAGGCAGGGGCCGAGUGGGAGGAGUUGCCCCAAGGGGAGAAGGUGACAGGGGCUGUCUGCGUUGGAUCGACGACAGGAACCGCGUCGACAUCGGCUUUUUUCGUAGUCGGAGGCGUGGGAGGAACGGACCAGUACCAGGGACUGCAGAAAUACACCUACGCGACGGGCCAGUGGGAGAUGAUCAAGCCGGAAUCGAAAGUAACGCACCAGCGGCUAGGACACGGCGCUGUCUACAUCAACAGCACCGACUCUAUCCUGGUAUACGGUGGCAUUCAGGAUGGCUACGAGGCCGCAUCGUCACAAACCUACACCAUUGGCGCAUCGGCGCCACACGCGGUCAGAUCCGACGAUUCAUGGGGCGUUCCAUUACUUAAACCUAUUUUGCUGCCUUGGUCUGCCAGUGAGGCGGUCAUGGUCGGGGGGAGCACAACCAACACUAAUGUCAUGCUGUUUAAUGCGGCCGCAGCCAGAUGGGUAGACUCGGGAGCAUCGCUUGCAUCUCCGCUGCUCAAGGACAUUUCUUCGAUCCAGGCGGUACUGCUGACGGGGGAUGACGGGUCGAAGAACCUCAUCACUUUCGACAUGAGCGAGUCUCCGAACUCGGUGAAGCGCACAGUCCUGUACAGCGGCCCCGGUAUCCCGGUUCCGAACGCCGCGCCUGUUCGCAAAAGGACGCCGAGGAGGAACAACCACGGCUCGCACGGAAAGGAGAGAAGAGACGGCCAGCCCUUAACGGUGGACAAUUGGCCGGCAUACAAUUCAACCUACGCACCGAAAGCCACCAGGAGCAACUUCGCUCUAGCUCAGGGGCCGGAUGGCAUGGUUGUCGCCGCGGGCGGCAACCAUGAGGAUGUGCUAUGCAUGUUCAACGCCAGACAAAACAGCUGGGAGGAUGCCGAGUUGAGACUGGGUCAAUUCAGGCUACUGUCGGCCGAGUCGUCAUCAACAUCCUCGUCUACGACAGCGACUUCCACAACAUUGUCAUCAUCGACCUCCAUGGCCUCGUUCACCUCCGUCUCCGCCUCCUCCACCGUGACCGGCGUAACACAACCGACAGCAAUCGCCACAGGAGCAGCCGUAGCAGCGGUCUCCGGCGACUCCGGGCCGCCACUCAACACCAUUCUCGGCGCUGUGCUGGGCAGUUUCUUUGGACUGGCGGUUCUUCUGGCCCUUCUCUAUUUAUGUAUCAGGAGGCGGAAGCAGCGGCAGGCUCACAUGGAGGCGGGUCACAAUCGGCGGGCCAGCGGGGUGUCAUCAAACGAGAAGGGCGGCACAGGGUUCGCCAAAGACAGCCUGGCCUUUGGUCAGGUCUCGCCAGGAGUCUUCCGCGGACACCAUCCACAGGGCUCGCGCGGCUCAUUCUCAUCCAUAGCAAUCCUCAUGGGCCGCGUAGGCAAGCCCAGGUCGAGCGACGAAAGCAGACGCGAUUCAUCCGACGACAACUUCAGGGCCUUCAAGAGCACCAUCAGCAAGCCAAUGCCCCAGACCACUGUGAUCCCCGUAUCAGCACUUCGGACACCGCAGUCCCUGCAGCAGACUCGAGACGAGAAGGGUGUGGCUUUCGCAGCCAGCACGGCCGAGCCCAAGCCGCGGAACUUGACGACAGCGGCUGACAAGGAAGGGGCCACGCGCCGCAGUUCCGGGUGGAACAGGUACUGGUCUGGCGGAUCGGCAUUGAACCUCUUGGGUUUUGGCAGCGGUAAUGGUAAUAAUAGCAACAACAAUAACAACAAUGCUGCCACCAACAAUUCGCAGCGGACCACGCUAGGUUCGGACGACCAGAGCUCCAACUACAGCAACAAGAACCGGAUGACUCAGGACAGCGCGACCGUUCCGCCGCUGUUCCCUGCUGCUGCCGCUGAGCCGCGCCUGUCCCUGAGCCGUGUCACCGCCCACAGCCCGACCAUUGCCGUGUAUAGCGACAAGCUCAUGAUGGAAGGCUUGAGCGGCCAGGUCGAGACGCUGCGCCCCGUCAGUGCGGUAAGCGACAUGUCUGCAUCGGCAUACUCGAGCGGCAUCCCGGAGUCGGUUCAGGAGGCUUGGGAUCCGACCGCGGCCCACAAACCAUGGGGCGCCGACAAGGCGCUCAACGAUUCGUACGCCGCCAUCUACACGACGCCUCUUGCCCCUGCCUCGCAGGGCCUAAGGCCGCCGGCGCCGGCGCCGCUCCGACCAGCACCGCAAUCCCGACAGCAAGCUCCUGUGCGCGACGACAUGAGUUGGCUUAACCUGGGGGCCAACUGA